CUACCCACCUCGCAGAAGCGUAGAGGCGUCAAACCGCCGCCACAGCAUCCCGGAUACACAAGUGUUUAGAGGCCCUAUCGACGGAUUCAAACGACAAAAACAGCUGAAGAAGAAGCCAACACAACCGGGCACACAGCCACUGCUGCACUUAGUAAUGGAGAGCCUGCUUGAUAAUCCCAUGAAAGCCGUUCUUUACCUGAAGGAACUCACCACCAUCGUCCAGAACCAGCAAAGCCUGAUCCAGACGCAGCGCCAACGCAUCGACGAACUGGAGCGGAAGGUGGAGGAUCUGAUCGGAGAGAACCGACAGUUGCGGGACCCCCAGCUCUACGUCCAACAGCCCGCUCAGCAUCAUCACCACCACCAUCACCAUCCAAAUCACCGCAGCGCUAGUCCCCAGGCGCCAGCCCACCUCCAUCAGCACCCAGGGAGCAGCAACAAAGCCGCGGCUCAUCUCGGCCAGCACGCGCAGCAGCAGCAGGCGCAGCAGCAACCGCCUCCUCCUCAGCAACAUCAGCAGCAGAUUACCGGUUUAGCGGCCCAGCCUCAGCAACACCCGACUCCCCCUGCGCCGACUUCCCACCACCCGCAGCAGCUCCAGCUUGUUCCCACCUCGCAGCAGUCGCCCAAAGUGAGCAAAGCCGGCACCGAUUCCGCCGAGGAGGACAAGAGGAACGCCUGCUGCAAGUCACUGGUUCCGCAGACUCCCACCACCCUCUGCCGCUCAGUUGGACUGGCCAGGAAAGCGGAAAACCAAACAGUGCUUCACCAGUUCUGCUGCCCGGCCCCGGAAGCCCCCGAAGGGGAGACCUCGACCGCUUGUGUCCCCAGCGAUGAACUUUCUCCAGACUCGUCUAUGGGGGAGGAAGGGAAGGGAGGUGAGGGGGAGCCGCAGAGUGAGGCCCUGUCACAGCUACAACCAGAACCAGAACCAGAACCGCAGCCCCGACAGCAGCAGCAAGAGACUUGGCUACAAACUCAGCCACCGCAGCCACAGCCCGAACCCGAGCCCCAAUCUGAGCCACAACCACAUACUCAUCCUCAGCAUGAAGUCAAACCUCAGCCAGUACCGGAGCCCCAGCUCACACCAGACCCUGAACCUCAGCCCAAAGAUGAGCCCCUGAUGGAAGCAGUGCCACAAGAUGCCCCUAAAUCCCCCUCACCUUGCAGAGAGGAGCAGACGGAGGUGGAGAAAGAGAUUCAAGAGUUAGAAGAAGUUAUGGAGGCAAAGGCAAAGCAAGACGGAGAAGAGGUGCAGGGUGACUGCUACAAGGGCGAGGCAGCACAGGAGGAAGAAGAGGAAGGGGAUGGAGCAAAAGGAGGUGGUGCAGGGAGGAGAGCCAGCCUGCACCACACAGCCUCGCCUUUGAGGGUGCAGCGCAAUGGGGCCGGCUCACACUCCACCACCUCUGACUAUGAACUCUCGCUUGACCUCAAAAAUAAGCAGAUCGAAAUGUUAGAGCACAAAUACGGGGGCCACCUCAUCUCCCGUCGUGCCGCCUGCAAGAUCCAGACGGCCUUCCGCCAGUACCAGCUCAGCAAAAACUUCGAGAAGAUCCGCAAUUCACUGCUGGAGAGUCGUCUGCCUCGACGCAUCUCCCUGCGCAAGGUCCGUGUGCAAAACACGGAGGGUUUCUCUGCUGAACGGGCUCUGGCAGAAGGCUGUAACUUGGCAGGCAUCCCACUGGUGCGCUCACCAUCUCUGCCUGCCACAGUUGGUGGCACCCUGACCGACCUUGAAGACUCAUUCACUGAACAGGUCCAGUCACUUGCAAAGUCCAUCGAUGAUGCACUCAGUAACUGGAGCUUGAAGACCAUGUGUUCACUGCAAGAAGGCGGCACCUAUCAGUUCAGUGCCGACUCCUUUAAUGCAGCGGCUGCAGCAGCAGGACGAGCUGGAGAAGGAGGAGGUGUGGGAGAGUCUGCAAAUCAGCAAGGUACAGUGGACCCAAGUGACCUGUCCAGAAGUGCAAGUAAGCUGAUGAUGGCAUUUCGAGAUGUGACAGUACAGAUUGACAGCCAGAACUUCAGAGUUUCAUCAUCAGUCAUGGAAUCAUCAACUUCCGUCACUCUCGGCAGCUGCAUCCAACAAGAUGGAGCUUCCACGACUAUCACAACCACUUCUACAACAACAGCCUCCACACCAGCUACUGUCCCAUCUGGAUCCUCACAAGAACCCCAUGUUCCCUUUCCAGAAGCUCCAACUGAACCCAUAGAUCCCCCACCACCACCACCCCAGGAACCCCCACCACCCCCAGAAUCAGAGACAGAAGGAGGCGAGCAGGAUAUAGAAUUCCCUGCCCCACCUCCAACUGAGGAGACCCUAGAGGAGGAGGAACAACCUUUCCUGACUCCUUUGGAUAAGAUGGCCACCCCUCAAAGCCUAGAGGAAAUGGUGGUAGCACCACCACCACCUCCACCAUCAGAACCCCUUCAUACCCUUCCACCACAGGAACCUGUACCAUUGAGAAGCUCUCCUGUGGUGGAGCCUCUUGAUGUUAAAAGAUGUGGCUCAGAGACCGCAGACAACAGCUCUGAGCAGAUGAGCAGCAGCAGCACUUCUACGGAGGCACGCUCAACCUCUGAAGCCUCGUCCAAGGAGGCGCUGCAGGCCAUGAUCCUCAGCCUGCCACGCUACCACUGUGAGAACCCUGCUAGCUGUAAAUCACCUACGCUCUCCACUGAUGUCAUGCGAAAACGCCUUUACCGCAUCGGCCUCAACCUCUUCAAUGUAAACCCUGACAAGGGCCUUCAGUUCCUGAUCUCACGUGGCUUCAUCCCAGACACGCCCAUCGGAGUAGCCCACUUUCUGCUACAGAGGAAGGGCCUUAGCCGACAGAUGAUUGGAGAAUUCCUUGGAAACAGCAAAAAGCCCUUCAACAGAGAUGUGCUAGAUUGUGUGGUGGAUGAGAUGGACUUCUCAGGCAUGGAGCUGGACGAAGCACUGAGAAAGUUUCAGGCCCACAUCCGUGUCCAGGGAGAAGCCCAGAAGGUGGAACGUCUUAUCGAGGCCUUCAGCCAGCGCUACUGCAUGUGUAACCCGGAUGUGGUGCAGCAGUUUCACAAUCCAGACACCAUCUUUAUCCUGGCCUUCGCCAUCAUUCUGCUCAACACUGACAUGUACAGUCCCAACAUCAAGCCCGACCGUAAGAUGUUGUUAGAGGACUUCAUUCGCAAUCUAAGAGGUGUGGAUGAUGGAGCAGACAUCCCCAGAGACAUGGUGGUGGGCAUCUAUGAAAGAAUACAACUGAGAGAGUUGCGCUCCAAUGAAGACCAUGUCACCUACGUCUCCAAGGUUGAGCAGUCCAUCGUAGGCAUGAAAACAGUUCUGUCUGUUCCUCACAGAAGACUGGUGUGCUGUAGUCGACUUUUUGAGGUGACAGAUGUCAACAAAGCCCAAAAACAGGCAGCACAUCAGAGAGAAGUCUUCCUCUUCAAUGAUCUUAUUGUAAUCUUGAAGCUUUGUCCAAAGAAGAAGAGUUCUGCAGCCUAUACUUUCUGCAAAGCCAUGGGCUUACUUGGCAUGCAGUACCACCUUUUUGAAAAUGAAAACUAUCCUCAUGGCAUCACCAUCCUUUCCCCGUACGGUUCAGACAAAAAGCAGGUACUCCACUUCUGUGCCCAAAGUGCUGAGGAGCUGCUCAAGUUUGUAGAAGACCUGAAGGAAUCGAUCGCAGAGGUGUCAGAGAUGGAGCAGAUACGCAUCGAGUGGGAGCUGGAAAAACAGCAAGGAGCCAAGAGGCACUCAGUAAAGAGCAAUGGGACCCAGCUAGAGCCUCGCGGCAAGCAGGGAUCCCCAUCAGGAAACCAGGAGGUAGAUGAUAGAAGUGGACACAAUGCAGUAGAGGUGUCAAUUCACAACAGGCUUCAGACGUACCAGCUCAGCAGCAGCACGGCUCAGAGCCCCGAGAGCGUGGCGCUUCUUAACAACCGGGGAGAGCUGCUUUUCCAGCAGGGGCCCCAGGGGUUAACCCAGGGGCCGGCGCCUCAACCUCAGUACCCGCAGCUACAGUCAGCGGCGAGCACCCCCGCCCACCAUCUCCCCCUCCUGCAGCAUCAUCAGCCCGCCAUCAGCAUGGUCGACUUGCGGCCGGAGGCGCUCAUCCAGUGUCAGCAGAUAGUCAAAGUCAUCAUGCUCGACAACAGCAGCCACGGACGCGUGGAGGCCUUCCUCAGCCAGACGCCUACCCACCACCACUACCAGCAUCCCCACCACAGCCACCAGUUCAGUCAGUCUGCCAUGUCCACCCCCGUCCGCUCACCGGAUGGCUCCCACGGCAAUGAUGGCCACCAACCCCCACUGCCUCCCCCGCCUCCACCUUACAACCACCCACACCAGUAUAUACCCCCGGACCCACGCCUCAGUCUACACCGGACUCCUAGUGGCUCUCGGAGCAUGAUAUAAAUAAAUCAAUCACAACUCAUCACAACCCCCCACCCCCCCCUUCUGUCUAUUUAACAGUACAUAUUGUGUAUAUAUAUACAUAUGAAAGAGCUAUAAUGUAAACAUUAAAUUCCACCUAUAUGCAUAUAUUUAAGAAAAAAACUAAUGAAAAAAAGCAAAGAUUUUAAAAGAGAUAAGGAGAAAUAAAAUGCAUAUAUAAAAUUUUACUUAAUUCCUCAUGUAUUUUGAAAUACUAUGUAGUUUUAACAAAUUUCUAUAUCUUUUUGUCAGUUUUAACUCUUGCUAGAGGGAAAAAAAUACAGAUACUCAGUUUGUGGAUGGAUCCGUUGUAGUUUCAAUAUUCACCACCAACCACAAACAAAUCCCUCAAACUUUUUGAAUUUUUCCAGUAAUGGCUGGACUUGCUCCCAAGGACCCUCUGCUUCUGUUCGCUUUUAUCAUCCCAGACCUCAUGCCUACUGUGCUGUACGUGCAUAGCUGACACUUUACUGAAAAACGUGCCAAAAUUCAUACGCCUCCUCUUCUUUGCACUUGACUGAACACUAGGGCUGGAAGAAAAAAAAAUCUUUCUUUGCUUUGAGAAAAUAGUUCUUUCAGACAUCUCCCUUAAGGGGCUCAAAAUAUGAAUAGUAAAACAAAGCUAUCUACCCAUUUGCGCUUUUGCUGAUUUAUUAAUGUGAUGGAGGGCCUUCUUUCUUCCUCUCGCUUUCCUGGAUUUAAGAAAAAAAAGCUAAAUUAUAUCCUGUGAUAAGCUGUGUUUUUCAUCAUUGUGUUGUUGCUCACUCAGUUGUCACCAUGGAUCAUUCUACAGUCACAAUGACAAGAACCAAAGGCAACCGUGUACACAGAUCGCUGCCAAACCAAAAAGUUUGCCCUGGAUGAAUCUCUUGAUUUUUUCUCUGUGUGUGUUUGUCUCUGUCUCUUCAUAUUCCGCAACAUUAAGGCUUUUUAAGGAUUUAUCUGCUGAUUGAGGGAAGGUGUUUCAUGCUUUAGAGAUGUUUGACCAACAGUUUAGCAUUCACAUGUAAAAUAUGUACAACUGUGCUAUCAUCUGCAGAUUGUUGCUUCACUUUUUCAGGAAAUCUCCAGUAAAUCCCUGUGAAGAUGCUUCUGCUCUAACUGUUCAAUGUUGAGAUUUGUGUUUAUUUGAAUUUUUUACUGUGUGUGGUCCUUAAAUGGAUUAAUGCAUCCACAAAAACCUCCAAACACUCUCCGUGCUGUAUGUUACUACAGCUCCCAGGUUUUGUCUUAGAUCCUUGUGACCGAUUUCUCCUACUUCCUAAUCUUUCAGACUGACAUUUUCAAAAAGGUGUAAAACUAAACACAGCUUGAACUGCAAAUGCUGCCAUUCAUGGUGUUGUUUGUGCUGUGGGGCUAGCCUGCUUUGAAUAAGAAUGGGACAAAAAGAAUGCAGUAUCUGAUACCAGCCUAGAUUGUAAAUACCACAUGCAAGCAGAGUCAGAAAGGACACGCUAGCUUACUUUAGUCCUUUGAAAUCGCUAUUGCCCUGUCAUGCGUCCUUCACGCAGAAAUAGAUCAGCGACUGCCCCCAUCGUUUAAGCAUAUGGCCCACCAGGUACCAGGGAAUGGAUGUUCAGUUAACUCUGCUCCAAUCUGACCUCAAUCUGUCUGAUUUGUUGAUUUAUAAUCACAGAGCCAACGCAGACAGGUCUCUAUCUCAUCUUUCUGUCCUUUCUCCACUUUGGAUUUCACUUUCAGAGAAGACGGGUUAGAGGAUAAAAAAAAAGGAAAAAAGCAGGUUGUUGUUUGGAAGCAAAGCUGAUGCGUGUACGUGCAACCUCCUCAUCCUAACUCAUCUAUCCUCCGUCAUGUUCAUCCCAGUGAUUGCUUAAAGCUGUCCUUUCAUAACACAAUGAGAAGAAUUAACACUUUUUAAAAUGAAUGAACAGCUCGGAUGAUUAUUUUAAUACUUUUACUGGCUAGAAACAAACUUUUGAAGGUUAUGUAAUGAAUUUUAGCUGAUUGAGUUCUAUUAGUGUGGGUUUUUCAUUAAUUAAUGAUUGUAUGGUUGCUCAUUUGUUUGUUUAAAUUAACUUCCAGAUUUAAUAUGAUUGAUUUUUAAUGCAUGACGUAAGUUUGAAGGCCUAUUGACUCCUGACUCAUAAAAGUCUUGAAUUUAUUGUGCAUGAAUGACAUGUCUGAGCAGAUGAAGAUUCCGUUUUGUUAUGAUGCAAAAGAGCUUUUGUGCAGGAACUGAAACAUAUAUAAAAUGUUUUUGUUUUUUUAUGAUUGCAAACACCCCUUCACACAUAAUUUGGGCAAGUAUGUUUCAGUGCCUCGUGACAAAGCAGUCGCCCCUUUCACGAUCAUUACUUUGUCUUUCUCUGUGAUUCACACCGGUUUGUUUAUAGAUGCACAGCUUUCCCCCGUGAAUAAUGUGUUUAAACAUUUCGGAGGACAGACGUGUGCAAUAACCACGAAUGUGAGGCACACUAAUAUCUUGGAUUUGCAAGGAAACCUAUGUAGCAUUUUGGAAGUGUAGCAAAAGAUAAGGAAAAUGUCAUGAAGAAACUUUUUUUUUUUCUAAAAAAAAAAAGGGCUCUUCCAUACCAGUGCACUGCUUCAUGGAGGACGUGGGUCUUGUCAGGCUCUUUAACACUGUGUUUGCUCAUACUCGUAGAAAGACAUACAAAUAGUGGACAUAUUUAUUGUUAAACAGGUGGAAACUGAGUAUAACCAUCAUUCUCCCUCAGUUGGCUUUGAACCCCUCUCUGCCUGUCUUUGCAGUAUAUCAACAUGCAAUUAAAGAUGAUUUAAGUCAGUUCA